AUGGUCCGCUGGCUUGUCUCCAAGAAGGGUGUGCCCGUGUUGGCAAGCGUGAGAUCGGACCCUGCUGCACAGUCACCAUGUGUCUUGGUCGUGAAGUACAACGAGGAGCCAUUGCAGCUUAGCUUCCAUUUACAAUGCACGACUUUCAUUAAUGGUUUCGAUGAUGAGCAAACGUUUACUUUGAUCUAUGAUGCUGACAACCUGAUGCGCGACGCAACUACGCUCAGCGAUGCUACCACGUCCCUUUCCCACGACCAGUUGACCUCCAUCGCACGCGCCGGAAAUCCCCAAAUAAGAGCAUUGGCUCUAACGCUCGCGAAGCCAUGCAAGAUCAGGUGCCCUCCUUCAACCGCUACCUUCACAUCGAAGAGCGGUUAUGAGGCCCCUUUCCACCGCCUGGCUGCCCUCGCGAAAGCUACAGCAAUCGAUAUCACCUUUGACUACAAUUGGGUGCACGCCAACAAUCGUCUUCCUCUAGAACGCCUGUUCAGAGAAUUGGGAGCGUUUUCGGGGGUCUCUGAGAGUGCCGAUGCAUGUAGAUACGCGGAUUGGGCAAUCUUCUCUACCGUUGAGGAAGACCAUCAACCACCACCUUCGUACACAAACGCGGUAGACGCAGGUGCAUCACAAAAGCGACCCAGGCGUGAAGUCGCGACAUCCUCACCUUGUCCACCGGGCACAUCCCAUCAUUCGCCAUUCGAGAAGGAGGAAGCAGAACUUACGAGUGCACACCCAUCUCUACACGCCAGUGCCCAGCUCGCCUUCCAAGACGUCGUCAACAAGGCCGUCGCGGCUCAGCUGCCAGCCAUUGUCGAAAGCAUGUUGCCCAACAUUCUCAGGAGCAUAUUGCCGGAUGUCCUCCAUAGAUCCCUUGCUCCCAGGGGAUCACCGUCUUCGUCGCCUCCCCCUAGAGCCAGCUGUACGCCCCAAUCCUCGCCUUCCCUCGGCACACUCAUAGCCGACCGCCUGGAAGUUCUGGCCAAGGAUCACUUGACUUCGAUCUUCGCCGAUGCCAAUGACCAAGCGUACAGCCUCCGCAACCAAGCUGAAGGAGAGUUUGAAGACGUGGUUGCCGACCACAAGCUUGAUGUCGACACAAUCAAGGAGGACUGCAUACGAGAGCUUGGUGAAGUGGUUGACGACAAGCUGUGCAAGUUCAAGGAGCAGACUGAGGAGAUUGUCGAAACUGCCGUGGAAGAAGUGGGCAUCAAAAGCGGUGAAGUUCGCGACGACUUUUGCGACGGGCUUGAGGAGUUCGUGAAGAUAGCCUCUGCUUCACUCAUGAAGUUGAGAGAUGGGAAAGGCCACCGCAAUCGUAUGUCGACGAGUCAAGACUAA